AUGGCUCCAUCGACACGCUCGCGGGCUUUAGGUGCCAUCUGGGGUACUUGUGUGGGUGACGCUCUCGGCGGGCCCGUGCAAUUUAGUGACCCCGGUACCUUCGAACCCAUCAGAGAGCUUGAAUUUGUGAAACCUUUUAAGCAGCCAUCAGGAUCAUACUCGGACGAUGGUUCGAUGACCCUCGCUCUUGCGCAGUCCUUUGUGGACUCGAACGGGCAAUACAGCCAUGACCUGUCAAUUCAGAACUACCUUGACUGGUUCAACCAUGGUCGGUUUAGUACUACGAACAAGGCAUGGGAUCUCGGAAGAUCUACUCGCGUGGCACUGCGGAUAUGGAAGGCCCAGGGUCUGGAUGACGUGGCGCUCACUCAGCAGAAAGUCACUGAGCAACUUGACAAAGAAGCAUCGUCGGGAAAUGGGAGUUUGAUGCGCAUUUCGCCCCUCGGCGUCGCUCUCUGGAAAGAAAGUGAUCGUGCGAAGAGACUUGCUCGGGAGCAGAGUCUAGUUACGCAUCCCGCGUUAGCUUGCCCGGAUGCCUGCGAGGCUUAUACCGAGAUCAUUUGCAUGGCGAUGAGCGGACACUCCAAGGCAGACCUCUGCAAAGCCAUUGCGCAAUUCCGAUUUACUCACCCCGCGCUUAUCUCCCGCUUCGCGCACUACACAUCCAUCGCCGACUGGAACGCAAAGUCCCCCGGCGACAUGGCGAGCAGUGGCUGGGUGGUCGAUACCCUGGAAGUUGCGCUGUGGGGGUUCUUCAAAUAUGACAGCUGGGAAGAGGGCGUCUUGGCGGUGGUGAAUCUCGGCGGAGAUUCGGAUACGGCGGGGGCUGUUUAUGGCGGUCUGGCGGGGGUGUUUUACGGGUACGAAUCGAUUCCGACGCGAUGGGUGGAGGGGAUGCAGAAUGGGAGAUUUAUUCGGGAUGUUGCUGGGAAGUUUGCUGAGGUUGUUCCUUCAGCGUAA